CUGCUGCCGCUCUGCCUGCUGGUCCCAGCGCUGGGUCAGGACGCGCCGCUGGCCGUCGGCGUCUACUACGAGUCCCUCUGCCCGGACUGCAAGAACUUCGUCGUCGAUCAGCUGAACGUGACCGUCAGCCGCGUGCCCGACCUGGUCAACGUCACCCUCGUGCCCUGGGGCAAGGCCAACGUCUCGAGCGACGACGGCAGCGUGCACUGCCAGCACGGCCCCGAGGAGUGCUGGGCCAACCGGCUGCAUGGCUGUGUCGCCGCCGCCAUCGACGACGCUUCUGUGCGCACGCGCGCCGUGGCCUGCCUGAUGGCCGCACAGAAGACCCUGCGGGCUGACGGGCCGGCGUGCCUGCAGGAGGCGGGUCUGAGCUGGGAUGACGGCGUGGCCUGCGCCGGCUCGGCGGCCUCCCGGCAGCAGGCGCUGGAGUUCCAGCAGCUGACGCACGCGCUGCAGCCGCCGCUGACCUUUGCGCCGACCAUGACCCUGGACGGCAGCCAGGGCACCGCCGAGCAGCAGAAGCAGCUGCUGGACGACCUGCUGGGUGUCGUGUGCAGCACGUGGCAGCAGCGCACCGGGCAGACGCCCGCCGGCUGCCAGCAAUAGGAGCACCGCAGGACGCUGAGCUCCCCAUGCACUGAGUGCGUAUGGCUGAGGUCACCUGAGGCCAGGGCAUGUGACGUGGCACUGCAUAACGUUUAGAGCAGGCACAUCCGUUGUGUUUUUCAGGACCACCCAUAUUGGUCUUUGCCUUAAGCUACUGACAUGGGAUGUCGGCGCUGUACCAUCAGGCUAAGGAUGUGUGUUCAGCAGGCCCAUGGCAGCGUUUAUUUGCCUGUCUCUGAUUACAGACCUGGGUGCCCCUUGGUACAAGGUGCAUUCUGUUUGCGUGGGCUAUUCAACGACGCUUCAACAGUGUGUUCUCUGAAUGGUGGCGACGAAGCGCCAACACACUACGCCAGCCACGUGGAUCGAGCAAACUGUGUCCCAAGCCCAUGUCACCGGGGCCCCGACCUUCAUAAGCAAAUGGAAACCCAUUUCUUACUUCGGGGUGAAUCCAUUCAUAAUCUAUGACGUACGACCCGAGCCCAUUUCCUGCUCGGCCGAGAGGCGAAGUAAGUGCGUUUGUUUGCAGGUGAGUCGUCGGUGCUCUCCUUGCGACACUAUAAAUGGUCGAUGCGCUGUUCGGGGUCUUGUUUGUCCGGGAAACAGGCAGGUCUCGAUCUCAGGCGGGCACCGCGGGGAAUCGAACCCCGUACCUCUGGUUUCCCAGACGCGUGUCGUGAUCAACGCGGACGCGUUAACCGCUACACUAUCGGUACGCUCAAAUGCGCCAUUCCAACGCGCUGCAUGUUUCUAUGGGGCUGGAUCAGCUGAUUCUACUUUUGCCCAUAUUUGGAAU